AUGAACAAAGCAGUUCACUUACCUGAAGCAGCAGAAAUGAGCAAAGAUGAGGCACUGGAGAAGCAAUUCUUUAGUGGUCUGUAUUUCAUACCUCUUGUAAUGCAUAAUCCAACAAAACCUUGCAAUUCCGCCUGUCCACAAAGGCCAUAUUUGUGUGUUUAUUGCAGGUUACACAGCAGAUAUCAUGAACUGGCUCCUAAUAUAGUACCAAUGGACUACACUAAUGACCCAGAUGUCAAACUGCCUAUUCAGCUGAUUAUAAAUAUGCCAGAGCUAAAGGAGAAUCCUUUUAAGGCACGGAUUGUAGAAGCAUUCUCUGAAGAUGGAGAAGGCAAUCUCAGUUUCAAUGAUUUUGUAGACAUGUUUUCUGUCCUUAGUGAAAUGGCUCCCAGGGAACUAAAGGCCAUAUAUGCCUUCAAGAUUUACGACUUCAAUGUAGACAAUUUUAUCUGCAAAUCUGACCUGGAGAAGACAUUAAAUAAAUUAACGAGGGAGGAAUUAACUCCAGAGGAAGUAAACCUGGUUUGUGAUAAGGUGAUUGAGGAAGCAGACCUAGAUGGAGAUGGUAAAUUAGCAUUUACAGACUUUGAAAAUAUGAUUUCAAAAGCCCCAGACUUUCUCAGGUAA